AUGACAAUCCCUCUAACUCGCACCUAUCACCUCCCCCCACCCUGGACCAUCAAAGUCGGCACACAAAUAACGCCCCCUCCGACCCCCUCCCCGGCAUCCCUCCUCACAAAACCAGAAUGGACCCUCAAAGCCGGCAUCUACACCCCCCGCCAAAUCGUGCACGGCUUCGCGCCCCUCCUCAACACAGUCCUGCACCAUCUAAAACCUGAUCCCGCUGCGCCGGACCCACGGUCCCAGCUUCUGAAUAACAUGUCCGCCAUCCUCGCCACGGAAACCCGCGAGUCCUCGCUCCCCUUCCCCCGCCCGAACGGGACCUCGACAUCUCUCGACAGAUCCCGCGCUGAGAUCCGACAUCAGGCGGAGCGGAUUGGACGCGAUCUUGUUAGCUGGGCGAGCGAGGACGCGGAACGCAAGGAUAAGGACGGGGACUUCUCGAAGGCACCUGGAGCUGUGGACCUCGCCCUGCGCAGCCGCUGCGAGGGACACCUCCUGACCCCCGAAAACGUGGACCUGGUGUUCGGGCCCCGCAGCAGGCCGGCUCUCAUGCAGUUGUUCAACGAGUAUAUGCACCAGAUGGUGUUGCUGCGGGAUGCGCUGUUGCCGUUUGUGAAUUACGGGGAUGUUCUUAUACCCAUCACACAUUCUGUGGGCAAGGUCCGUGGACUCCGGUUUAUGGAGGGCGCCAGGGAGAAGUUCCUGGCGGGGUUGUUCACGAAGCAAAUUGGGCAGGCGGCGGUCGUGGAGAUGGCGAGGGCGUUGCUUGUGCCGGGUCUGACGCUUGCGAGUACGGCUGGUGCUGUUGGGUAUGGGUUUCAGUAUGGAUGUGGCGUUGUCAUUCCGGCUGUUUUCUCUGGUGGACGUGAGCCGCUGCAUCUGCUGCAGUAUAUCCCUGCUCAACUCGAUGCGUCCCGUGGGAAUAUCCUGUUUGAGUAUGAGUUCGCGGAUUAUUACUCCGCUCCAAGGGUUGAGAUCUCGCCGGGGACUGUUCAUCGUUCUCCAACGGCAUUCCCAGAGACAGGCGCACCGCGCGUGGAGAGCGCGAGUCUAGUCCUGCGCGACUCUUCGACGGAAAGUGACCCGGUGCCGGUUAGACAGGUGGACCUCAGCCUGUCUUUCUCCAACGGUCAGCGUACCUAUAUCGAUCUGGGCCAGAUUGCGCGCGGGAAGCGGUACUCGUACAAGGCUGAAGAGGCUACUACCGGCCGUGAGUUCGGAUCUGAAAUUGUUUCCCACGCAGCACAUGAGAUCUUGUUGACUGAGGCUGGACUCGUCACUUCGGCUCAAGGAGGAUUCCAUGUUAUCGCCGCGGAAGAGAAGAUCGUUGCCCUUGCGGUCUUGGGGAGGAUCUAUCCGGAGAAUGUGGUGAUGUUGUCCAAAGAGGAGGGGCUCGAGCGUGCGGUUGAUGCAGGAAAGGGAUUUGAGCCGAAGUUUGUUGUUUGGUCGUAA